GUGAGGAGCUGUUAAAAGAAAUGGAGGUGAAGGACGAAGAGUUCAAGAAAAUACUCAAUGAGAAGAAUGAAGAGUUGGAAGGAUUAUAGAGGCUAUGAACUCGGCACUCUGCAUCAAAGAACAGCAAAGCAAUAUUGAGAUUCAAGAAGCAUACAAAGAAUUGAUUAGCGGAAUGAGAGAUUUAUCCGGUGGUAGAUCAACGAUAGGAGUAAAGAUGAUUGGCCAAGUUGAUGAUAAGUCAUUCGUUAAAUCAUUCGAAAAGAUAUUCAGUGAUAAAGUCAUUCAGUUGGAACAAGCUGCUGUGCUUGUCUCCAAAUGGCAGGAAGAAGUCUAUAAUGCAGCAUGGUAUCCAUUCAAAUUCGUUGGGACUGGAGAUGGAAUGAAGGAAAUUGUGGAUGAUGAAGAUGAGAAACUGAAGAAUUUGAGUGAAGAGUUUGGAGAAGACGUGAAGAACUCAGUGAAGAUAGCACUCAAGGAACUGAAUGAGUUUAACCCAAGUGGCCGGUAUGCAGUUCCAACGCUUUCGAAUUUUGCACAUGGAAGAGAAGCCACACUCAAAGAAGGAAUUAAAUGGUAUGUACAAUAUUAGACAUCUCAAACUCAGACGAACUUAAAUGGAUGAUCAAUGAAUGAUGGAAUUGAGAAGGAAGGAUUGUCAAG